AUGACAGCUUUAGACUUCACCAACAAUCGUAUUUCAGAUCCAAACUCGGGCAGUGUCCCCGCAGAUCUAAUCGACCUGAAGUUGGAGUAUAAUUUCUUGCCAUCCAUCCCCCGUGUGCUGAAAUUUAUGAAUUCUGUACCCAGCAUUGAUCUCACUUAUAACCGCAUAGUUUCCCUUCAAGGAACUGACUUUCCCGAUUCAGUGACAGGAAUUGAUCUUGGACACAACUCAAUAACAGAACUAAACGCUAACAGUUUUCCCCCAAACAGCGGUAUACGAUAUUUACUUUUACCUAACAACCCACUUUCCAAAAUUUCUUCUUCUGCAUUCCAGAACCUACCAUCGCUUCGAGAACUUGACUUGAAAUACUCCAAACUGACCAGAUUACCUCUUGGUCUUGCGUCUCUCAAUAACUUAGUAUCAAUAGAUGUUUCCGGCAGCGAUGAACUAGUUUGUACCUGCAUGGAGAAGAGUUUAGAGUCAAAGAUUUCAUCACUGUUACCUGACAAUGUGGUCGGAGACUGUGGGCAGACGAGUGUAUACGUUUUCUUCACAGAACUGAGUCAUGAUUGCUCAGUAGUUUAG